ACUAAACAAAACAAAGGAAUCCUGUUGAAAUAGUUUAACUAUUUUAAGUUCCAAAAUAUUAUUUUUUUAAUAUUUUCCAGCUUAUUAUGCGGGACAAUACACCACCCAGGAUGAGUGAUAUAUCAGAUGAAGAUGGUGAGCUCAUAUAUUUUGAUGAUGAACACGCUCCAGAAGAAGAUUUUGAAGAAAUAAAUGAAGAUGAGCUUCUUGAAAUAGCUAAUAGUAUGCCACAAUCAACUAUUGAAGACGAAGGAGAUAAUGCUAUAGGAGAAAAAGUACCCGAAGAAGAUCAUUCUAUUUUAACUUUCUCUAAACAUAAUUUAGCGGUAUUCUGUUGCUCUUUACAUCCUUCGAAACCAUGGGCGGUUUCUGGUAGUGAAGAUGAUAAAGCUUAUGUAUGGAAUAGAAAUACUGGAGAAGUGGUGCAGGAAAUCACCGGUCAUAAAGAUUCAGUGAUAGCGGCAUCAUUCAGUUCUGAUGGAAAUUAUUUAGCUACAGGAGAUAUGGCUGGUGAAAUAUUUUGUUUCAAAAUAAGCGGUGAUGAAGAGAUAAAAAAAGUUUGGGAAUAUUCGAUGGGAGAUAUGGGCUGGAUGAUGUGGCAUAGGGCUGCAAAUAUAUUGUUAGCUGGUAGUUCCGUUGAAGGUGAAAUUUAUGUGUGGAGAAUACCAUCUGGAGAUUGCAAGGUUUUACCGGGAAAUGGUGAGAAAUGUGAAACGGCCGAGUUGACUGCCGAUGGAAAAAAACUUUUUGCUGGAUAUGGUGGUGGUACUGUAAAGUUAUGGGAUAUAAAGAGUAAUACUGUCACAAUGGAAGUGAAUAAAGAUCAUCAUAUGGGACAUAAAGAUGGUGUUUCUUCUGUUUCCUGUGAUAGUGACAAUCCAAUGUAUAUUAGCGGUGGAGAAGAUGGAAAAAUACUAUUUACAAAUAAUAAUGGUGCUCAAGAGGUCAUUGAUACUGGUGAAUCUGUAGAAAGUGUUGCAUUUUCACCAUACCCUGAUCUUAAAAUUGUAGCUAGUGGUACAUUGCAAGGUCAAAUUGCAAUUUGGGAUUAUUCUAAACAUACUUUAAGAACAACUUGUGAACAUCCAGAACCAGAUGACGGAAUAACAACGUUGAAAUUUCUUCCAGACUAUGUGCUAGUUGUUGGAACGAUACAAGGAAAUAUUUAUGGAUAUGAUGUUCGUAAUGGACAGCGAAAAUUUACAUUAUCCGGCCAUGCAGCUGAAAUAUAUGAUAUUCAAUACGAUACAAAUGAAAAUGUUUUGGUUACUGCUUCAGAAGAUCAUACUGUGAAAAUAUUUAGAUGUCCAGGAUAAAAAAUAAAUAUUUUUAAGGAAAUAUUUUUAAAUAUACUUAAUAGGCUGUUUUUUUUUAAAUUUAAAAUUAUUGAUUUAUUUCAAUUAUACUUAAAUCAAGUAUAAUCUUUAUUAUUUCAACGAUUUUUCGAAAAGAUUGAAAUUUUAGCCAAACAAAAAUUCUUUAGUUAAUGUAAAAUGGAUAGAAUUGUUUUAAUUUAAUUUUUGUAAAUAUUGAAAAAAAAACGAAUUAAAAAAGUAAAAAUUAAAAUAAAACAU